GCCCCAGACCCUAUAAGGCCAGGGAGCUGAGGGUAGAGCCAGCUGCCAGCCGGGCCGGUCCGUCCACUGUGGGACCCUGAGCAGUCCAGCUUCUCACGUUCUCACUAUGUCUGCUCCGGAUGAAGGGAGCCGGGAUCCCCCCAAACCCAAAGGCAAGACCCUGGGCAGCUUCUUUGGGUCCCUGCCUGGCUUCAGCUCUGCCCGGAACCUGGUAGCCAACGUACACAGCUCGACAAGAGCCCGGUCAGCCGCCAUCCCCGUGGGAGCUCCUACCGCUGAGGCUGCCCGACCACAGGCUGAGGUAGCCGCCCACCCAGAGCAGACAGCUCAAUGGACGGAGGAGCUGCAGCCUUCGGGAAAGCAGAUGGUGUCCGAGGCCAAAGACCUGGUGUGUUCCAAGAUGUCCAGGGCCAAGGACGCUGUCUCCUCCAGGGUGGCCAGUGUGGUGGACGCGGCUAAGGGAGUGGUCCAGGGAGGACUGGACACCACCCGGUCUGCACUCACAGGCACCAAGGAGGCGGUGUCCAGCGGGGUCACGGGGGCUGUGGACGUGGCUAAGGGCGCCAUCCAAGGGGGCCUGGACACCUCAAAGGCUGUCCUCACUGGCACCAAGGACACGGUGUCCACUGGGCUUACGGGGGCAGUGAACGUGGCCAAAGGGACUGUCCAAACCGGGGUGGACACCUCCAAGACUGUGCUAACGGGUGCCAAGGACACCGUCUGCAGUGGGGUGACCGGUGCUGUGAAUGUGGCCAAAGGGACUGUCCAAGGGGGCCUGGACACGACAAAAUCUGUCCUGACUGGCACUAAAGACACUGUGUCCACAGGAGUUAUGGGGGCAGUGAACUUGGCCAAAGGAACCAUCCAGACUGGCAUGGACACCAGUAAGACCGUGCUGACUGGCACCAAGGACACCGUCUGUAGCGGGGUAAGUGGUGCCAUGAACUUGGCCAAAGGGGCCAUCCAGACCGGUGUAGACACGGCCAAGACCGUGCUGACCGGCACCAAGGACACAGUGACUACUGGCCUCAUGGGGGCGGUGAAUGUCGCCAAAGGGACUGUCCAGACUGGUGUGGACACCUCCAAGACUGUCCUAACUGGUACCAAGGACACCAUCUGCAGUGGGGUGACUGGUGCCGUGAACGUGGCCAAGGGGGCUGUCCAGACGGGUGUAGACACGGCCAAGACCGUGCUGACCGGCACCAAGGACACAGUGACUACUGGACUAAUGGGGGCGGUGAAUGUCGCCAAAGGGACAGUCCAGACCGGUGUAGACACCUCCAAGACUGUCCUAACCGGUACCAAAGACACUGUCUGCAGUGGGGUGACUGGGGCCGUGAAUGUGGCCAAAGGAACCAUCCAGACAGGCAUGGACACAUCCAAGACUGUCCUAACCGGUACCAAAGACACUGUUUGCAGUGGGGUGACUGGUGCCAUGAAUGUGGCCAAAGGGGCCGUCCAGGGAGGCCUGGACAUCACCAAGUCUGUGGUCAUGGGUACGAAAGACAGAGUGUCCACUGGGCUCACAGGGGCAGCAAACGUGGCCAAGGGGGCUGUCCAGACGGGUGUAGACACGGCCAAGACCGUGCUGACAGGCACCAAGGACACGGUGACUACUGGCCUCAUGGGGGCGGUGAAUGUCGCCAAAGGGGCUGUCCAGACCGACGUGGACACCUCCAAGACCGUCCUAACCAGUACCAAAAACACCGUCUGUAGUGGGGUGACCAGUGCCAUGAACUUGGCCAAAGGAACCAUUCAUACUGGCAUGGACACCACCAAGACCGUCCUAACUGGUACCAAAGACACUGUCUGCAGUGGGGUGACUGGUGCCGUGAACGUGGCCAAGGGGGCCGUCCAGGGGGGNGUAGACACGGCCAAGACCGUGCUGACCGGCACCAAGGACACAGUGACUACUGGCCUCAUGGGGGCGGUGAAUGUCGCCAAAGGGACUGUCCAGACCGGCUUGGACACCUCCAAGACCGUGCUGACCGGCACCAAAGAUGCUGUGUCCACUGGACUCACAGGGGCCGUGAAUGUGGCCAAAGGAACAAUCCAGACCGGCAUGGACACCACCAAGACUGUCCUAACCGGUACCAAGGACACCGUUUGCAGUGGGGUGACCGGUGUCACCAGUGUGGCCAAAGGGGCCAUCCAGGGGGGCCUGGACACAACAAAGUCUGUCCUCACUGGCACUAAAGACACUGUGUCCACUGGGCUCACAGGGGCAGUGAACUUGGCCAAAGGGACUGUCCAGACUGGUGUAGACACCUCCAAGACUGUGCUCACAGGUACCAAGGACACCAUCUGCACUGGGGUCACCGGUGCCAUGAGCAUGGCCAAAGGGGCCGUCCAGGGGGGCCUGGACACCACCAAGAUGGUGCUGACCGGAACCAAAGACGUAGUGUCUGCUGGGCUCAUGGGGUCAGGGAACAUGGUGACAGGGGCCGUCCACACUGGCCUCAAUACCUUCCAGAAUUGGCUACCUAGUACCCAGGCCACCUCCUGGGGUGGAUUCACCAGUUCCAGGACCACGGACAGUGGUGGGGAGCAGACUGCCCUGAGCCCCGGCAAGACCCAGUUCUCUGGUGUCUCCAGGCCCCCAGAUGUGCUCACAGUAGGCCCGGAGCCUGCCUGGGAAGCCACAGUCACUGCCAAGGGCCUUGUACCUGAUAUGGCCACGUUCACCCAAGGGGCCGCCCCAGGCAGGGAGGACACGAGGCCCUUGGCCACCACACCUGGCCCCGAAGAAGCCCUGCGCUUGGCAAUGCUGCGAGACGAGUUGGAGGGACUAGGUGACAUCUUUUACCCCAUGAAUGCGGAAGAGCAAGCUCAGCUGGCUGCCUCCCAGCCUGGGCCAAAGGUGCUGUCAGCCGAACAGGGGAGCUACUUCGUUCGUUUGGGUGACCUGGCUCCCAGCUUCCGCCAGCGGGCAUUUGAACACGCAGUGAGCCACCUGCAGCAUGGCCAGUUCCAAGCCAGGGACGCUCUGGCCCAGCUCCAUGACUGCUUCAAGCUGAUUCAAAAGGCCCAGCCGCCUCCGGAAGGGCAGCCGUGUCUGGACCAGGGCUCCGGUACCAGCGUGGAGGAUGCUGCUGUCCAAGAGGAGCGGGAUCCUGAGGCUCUGUCCAGGGUCUGUGGCCUCCUCCGGCAGCUGCACCGGGCUUACAGCGGCCUGGCCUCCAGCCUCCAGGGCCUGCCCGCCGAGCUCCAGCAGCCAGUGGGGCGGGCACGGCACAGCCUCUGCGAGCUCUACAGUGUGGUGGCCUCGGCGGGCUCUCUAAAGGAGGUGCACGCAGAGCGCCUGGGACAGAGCCUUGAGGACGUGCAGAAGGCGUGGCAGGGGCUGGAGCAGCUACUGGAGAGCGUGCAGCACAACCCCACGCUCAGCUGGCUGGUGGGGCCCUUCGCCUUGCCCCCAGGAGGGCAGCAGUUGUACGAACCUGCAGGCCCCAGCUCAGACCACCCGGCUCUGCCUAGGGAGGAGCUGCCUCAGAACCUUCUCCCCAGCCCCAAACCCUGA